AUGCCUCAACUCAUCGAACAGUACACGCCGCUCCCGACCACUCUGGGAUGCAGCCCGAAGCUGAAGACGCUGCCGAAGAAUCUGUACAACCAUCUCCGUGGGUUCCCGGUCGUCAAUGGUGAGGUGACCCAGCUGUCGGACAAGGUGCGCCGCUUCGUGGAGGAAUCGGCCGCCAUGUGCCAACCGGACCGGAUCCACAUCGUCGACGGCAGCGAAAGUGAAAGCAAUACGCUGCUGAAGACCCUGCACAGCCAGGGCACGAUCAAGCCGCUGCCGAAGUACGACAACUGCUGGCUGGCACACACCAAUCCGGCCGAUGUGGCCCGCGUCGAGUCGAAGACGUUCAUCUGCACCGAGCGACGGGAGCAGGCGAUCCCGACCCCGAAGGAGGGAGUGACCGGCUCGUUGGGCAACUGGAUCUCGCCGGCGGACUACGAGCGAGCGAUCAUGGCCCGGUUUCCGGGCUGCAUGAAGGGACGCACGAUGUUUGUGGUGCCAUUCUCGAUGGGUCCGAUCUCGUCGCCCCUGUCGAAGAUUGGUAUCGAGAUCACCGACUCGGCGUACGUCGUUUCCUCCAUGCGUAUCAUGACCCGCAUGGGCUCGGAGGUGCUGGACAAGCUUGCGGACAACUCGGAUUUCAUCAAGUGUCUGCAUUCCGUCGGUACUCCGGCCAGCGGUAAGAUCGCGGUGCCAUCGUGGCCCUGCGACCCAGAGCGUACCAUCAUCCUGCACAAACCCGCCAACAACGAAAUCGUUUCGUACGGUUCCGGCUACGGUGGCAACUCGCUGCUCGGCAAGAAGUGCUUUGCACUGCGCAUCGGCAGCACCAUCGCCCAGCGGGAAGGUUGGCUGGCGGAGCACAUGCUGAUCCUCGGCAUCACCGACCCGAACGGUGUGAAGAAGUACAUUGCGGCCGCCUUCCCGUCCGCCUGCGGUAAAACGAAUCUCGCCAUGAUGAACCCAACCCUGCCCGGCUACAAGAUCGAGUGCGUCGGCGACGACAUUGCCUGGAUGAAGUUCGACUCCAAGGGUCAGCUGCGAGCGAUCAACCCGGAGAACGGCUUCUUUGGAGUUGCACCCGGCACCUCGACUGAGACCAACCCCAACGCGAUGGACACCAUCUACAAGGAUACGAUCUUCACCAACGUGGCGUCCACCUCGGACGGUGGUGUGUUCUGGGAGGGCAUGGAGAAGGAGGUGUCUCCCGACGUACAGAUCACCGACUGGCUGGGCAAUCCGUGGAAGCUGGGUGAAUCGAAAACACCGGCCGCACAUCCCAACUCCCGCUUCUGUGCCCCUGCCGCCCAGUGCCCGAUCAUCGAUCCGGCAUGGGAAGACUCGGAAGGUGUGCCAAUCUCGGCCAUCCUCUUCGGCGGUCGUCGUCCGCAGGGCGUUCCGCUGGUGUACGAGGCCAACUCCUGGGCCCACGGUGUCUUCAUCGGAUCCGCCAUGCGCAGUGAAAGCACGGCUGCUGCCGAACACAAAGGCAAGGCCAUCAUGAACGAUCCGUUUGCGAUGCGACCGUUCUUUGGUUACAACUUCGGUGACUACCUGAAGCACUGGCUGAGCAUGGAGCAGCGCGCCGGUGCCGCCGGUGGCCACGCGCCCAAGAUCUUCCACGUCAACUGGUUCCGCAAGGACGCGAACGGCAAGUUCCUGUGGCCCGGAUUCGGCGAGAACAGCCGCGUGCUCGAAUGGAUCCUGCACCGCAUCGAUGAUGCCGACUGCUACCGGGAUACACCGAUCGGUCGCGUCCCGACCGAGGGUGCCCUGAACCUCGAUGGGCUGAGCAGUCCGGUGAACGAGCGCGAACUCUUCUCGAUCCCGAAGGACUUCUGGCUGCGGGAGGUGGAAGAGAUCAAGCAGUACUACGACAACCAGGUGCCCCAUGACCUGCCGAAGGAGAUUGCCACCGAGCUGGAGCAGCUGAAGGACCGUGUUCAGAAGAUGUAAAUGGACGUGCACUGAUGACAAACCCAAGACACAGUAAUAUUUAAGUUAAAACGUUGAGAUUACCGGUCGAUCAUAUUGCCUCGGCGGUGGUUUAUUGACCAUCGCCGCACAGUGAAAGACACAGUUCAAGAGAGGGACCAAGAGACAAACCGUCAAGAUGCUAGGAGGAUUUGUGUGUAGAUAUUUUGUAUUAAACCGUGUUAGGAGCGCUAGGCUAAUCAUAUUCCUACAGUAAGUAUUGUGAUAGUUUGAAGAAGAGGAGGAACCACCCCGCAGUGGUAUGGGUUUUAGGAAAACUUUACCCGCUGCUAAUAUGCUAAUUUGGAGCAUGUCUUAUGUAUGAGUUCGAAGAG